CCCCGCGUCCCAGUCUCCCGGCCCGCGCCCCGGCCCCCGGCCCGCGCCCCGGCCGCCAGCAUGGUGCUGCUGGCCGGGCCCGGGCCGGAGGGCGGCGGGGCGCGCCGCGUGUCCCCGCAGCCUUCUCUACCUCGGGACACGCAGGCCAGCGAGGAUCCCGCUGACUACGAGGAGUACGAGGACUUCUCACAUCUGCCCGACGCCCGCAGCAUCGCUUCGGACGACUCCUUCUACCCUCUCGGAGGCGAGGAGGAGCACGGUGCCGGGAGCGCGGAGAGCGUCCCGGAGGGCGUCCCGGAGGCGGUGACCCUCUUGCGUGCCGCCUGCGCCAACGACGUGGGGCUGCUGAGGGCGCUGGUGCGCCAGGGGCCGCGCGUUGAGGAGGUUCGGGAGACUGAUCGCAACGGCCGGACCGGCCUUAUUGUCGCCUGCUACCACGGCUUUGUGGAUACCGUGGUGGUCUUAGCCGAGUGCCCCCACAUUGACGUCAACUGGCAGGACAACGAGGGGAACACGGCCCUAAUCACAGCUGCACAGGCAGGGCACGCCACCAUCACCAACUACUUGUUGAACUACUUCCCUGGUCUUGACCUUGAAAGGAGGAACAUAUUCGGGUUCACGGCCCUGAUGAAAGCUGCCAUGCAGGGCCGGACAGAGUGCAUCCGGGCCCUGAUGCUAGCAGGGGCAGAUGUCCAUGCCAGAGACCCCCGCCGCGGGAUGUCGCCUCAGGAGUGGGCCGCUUACACCGGCCGGUUGGAAGCCGUUUGCCUCAUCCAGAGGCUGCUGGAACGACCCUGCCCAGAGCAGUUUGGGGAAAAGUACAAGCCAGAGCUGCCACCGGCCCCCGAUACGGUUCUGAAGACCACAGGCUCCAAAACCUGCUUGCAGCGGCUCACUGAGUUUGUGCGGUCCAUGCUGGCCUCCCGCCCGCGCCCAGGCCUGGAGGAUGGAGGGGCCCUGGACCACAUGGUCCGGAUGACCACGAGCCUCUACAGCCCUGCCGUGGCCAUCGUCUGCCAGACCGUGUGCCCCGAGAGCCCCCCCUGCGUGGGGAAGAGGCGGCUGGCGGUACAGGAAAUCCUGGAGGCUCGCGGGAGGCCAGACACGCGUGCCCAGGAGAGGGACAAGGUGGGAGGCACUGAGCAGCAAUCCCGGACAUCCCAAACUGGGGUGCUCUCCACAGCGGGGGCCCCUGGAGCCAGCCUGCCGUCUCCCCAGCUGCCAGGUGCCCCGAGGAAGGCCAGCCUCCUGCCGCUGCUGAGGAGGAGCAGCGUGCGGCCCGGCGUGGUCAUCCCCCGAGUGCGCAUCAGCAAGGCGCCCGCGCCCACCUUCCAGCCCGAGCGGGCGGCCGCCAAGGGCAGCACCAAGGACAGCGCCCAUCUGCAGCUCCCCAAGUGGCGGUACAAGGAGGCCAAGGAGGAGAGGCGGAGGGCGGAGGAGGCGGGGAAGCAGCGCGAGGCCGCGGCGCCCAGGGAGAGGCGGGCGCCGCCCUGGAGGAAAAGGACGUGAGGGAAGCGCAGGCACGUGCGGUUCGGGGAGUGGCCCGGGCCCUGCGCACGCGCGCUUGGAGCCCAGAGGCGGGGCCAGGCCGCGCACCCCUCCUCCCCUGCGCCAUUCGGCACCCCCAUCCGGCUCCCCCGGGGCUCCCAAGGCAGCUCACGCGUGUUCAGGCUGUUCAGAACCCCAGGGGAUGCAGCACAGCACAAAUCGAUUUGCCUGAGACCAGUUCCCCAGCAAUCAAUACACCCAGGGGGCAAUUUGCCAAAAAGUCUACUGUUAGACCUCAAUUAAGAAACUUUUAAGAUCAAUUUAUCAAAGGGCAUUUUCUGUAUAAUUUUGUAUUUUUAAUCAUAAACAUGUGCAGCAUUUUACUGGUGAUGGGGCUCUUUGUAUUUAAGAGUUUUAAUACAUUUGUCUGAAAACCCUUUGUUUAAAAUACUGUUUCUAGCAAUAAUUAUUCUUGGAAUCUCUAUGAUUUCAUACAGCAUUUGUGGACUUCUCGCCUUCCUCAUUGUGGGUGUGCAUAAGUAUGGUGUGUUCUGAUCGGUUUGAUUAAGUGAUGCCGAAUAUUUGUGUCUGUGUGAUGGAAGCAUUUACUUUUACUCCCAAAUGAUUGAGACAAGGGAAUCAAAUUUCCUUGUAUCUUUAUUUCUAAAUCUCUCUGAUCCAUAUAGUCAUAAUAACAGAAAAACCUGGCACUGUGAAGCCAUGUGCAUAGAGAAGCACAUAUUUAUUGCUAGAACUAAUCUCAUUUUAAACAAGGGAUUUUAAUAAACUGGAUACAAAGUAUUUAGCAUAUUCAAAAAUAGACAG